CAUUCGCAUCGGGUUGAAUCUAUUUUAAAACUUGAAUAAUGCUAAUUUAUUGUAUCAAUGCGAGUUGAAUUUAAAUCAAAUAUUUUUUUAUUUGGUUUUGUAUUGGGUUGGAUUGGAUGUGGUGACACCUCUACACCCAAGUACCAAACCCAUACAGGUUGAAAUGGCGCCAAAUAAGAAACUAAGAACCCAAUAAUGGCGCCAAAAAUGUUCUAAGCUAUGUAAUGUCUACUUUGUUAUUGACGAAAACAAAACCAAAAUCAGAGAGAGAAGCGCCGGAAAUGGAAAACCGGGAGGUCAAAAAGCAGCGUCGGACUGUAGACUGGUCAGAAUUACCGGAAGAAGCCGUCGGAAUAAUCGCCGAUUACCUAAGAUUCUACGGUUCCGAUCACCGGAGAUUCCGAGGAGUUUGCAGAAAAUGGCGUAAAUCUUCUCCUCCUUCAACUCAUUUUCUUUUUUCAAUUUUUCCACGCAAAUUACCGACGCAAUUAGGUCGUUCUGUACACAUAAUUUCAACAACGACCUAUCUUCUUUAUCCUAGUGAAGAAAAUUACUAUUCCGGCAUUGAUCCACCCUGGUUAGUUACAGUUGAAGAAUUGAACCCUGGUAAGCUCAGAAUUCGUCAUCCUGUAACUGGUAUAAAGUUCGAUUUAAACAGUUAUUAUUUUCCCAAAUCCCUAAAUUUGAUUGAUUUUUGGCCGCUUGAUUUUAAUUUUGGGUUAAAAUUGUGUCUCGCAAAUGGCGAUGAAGAUGUGUUUUCUUCUCAAGUGAGUGAUUUUUGCAGAAAUUGUCCAAUAAAGACGAAAACCCUAUUUUUGGGACUGAUUUAGUGGCUAUUUUGUCGCUUGAUCAAGGGGGGAUACUGGGGUUUUUGAAGUUUAAUGGGGAAUGGAGGUUUGCGGAAAUGGGUCCCGAGUUUAAGCUCGACGAUAUCGUGAAUUACAAGGGUAAUAUUUGUGCUGUUAAUCAUGGAGGGCAAGCUUUGCUCAUUAGUGGUGUUAAUGGAAUGGUGAUUAAAGAAUUAAGCAAAUCGCUUUCGAAGAGUGAUGCUGGAGAUAAGCGCAAGCUUUUGGUGGUUUAUGAUGGGGAAGUGUACUUGAUUGUUAGAAGAAUUUACAAGUUUUGGGUUUUUAAGAUGAAUGAAGAGUUGCAAAAGUGGGAAAGAAUUUAUGAUUUGGGGGAAAAGGUAUUGUUUGUGAGUUAUGAUAAGUGUUUCUUUGUCAAAGCUUGUGAUCUUUCUGGAAUUAAAGGGAAUUGCAUAUUUUUUCCUAAGAAUUGUUUUCCAACUCAAUUUGGAGAUACUUCUGUUGAUGAUGAAUUGUUUCAACCUCCCUUAGAAAAUUAUCUGGUAGUAGCUGUGUUUUAUAUGGAUAGAGAUAAUUCUAAGCUGGUGUCGUCUGAUGAAGAAUGUGAUAUAUUUUGGCUGCCUCCUGUCGGGCUCAACCCGGAUAUAUGGAAGUCGACAAGCUCGGAUUUUUCUGAGGAAGAUGAAGAUAUAGAUUCUGCUAAUAAUAAUGGUUCAGAAUCCAGCUCAAAAGAUCAUUCCUCUGCUUUUAUAAAACACGGGGAUGAUGGACAAGGUGCUGAGAAUCCACCUUCAACCUCAAACCAAAAGGACACUCAUGUAGAUGAUGUAGAAGGUUACUGACUUAUCCAAUUAAGUAUUAAACUCAUAGAGGAGGCUUUUGAAAUUUUGCUGUUUUUCAUUCCUAAUCUAAGGAAUGUAGAUAGCUCAUGAUUGUGCUUCACUGGAGAAAUUCCAAGGGAUAGAUGUCAGCUCUGAUUUAGUCCCAGUUUUGCAGAAAAUAUGCGAUAAGUAUGGGAACAUAAUCGAAGGGCAUAUAGUUCAGAGUAACAGCCUUCUGACAUGGGCCUUGGAGUCGCUUGCAAAUAUAAUAAUUAUCCUUCAAAAUAAUACAGGGGAUUCCUUGAACAACACCCAAGUUGCGUACCUGAACUCCACCUUAGCUGAUCUUCAAAUGGUGCAAUUCAGAUUAGACUGGCUAGUUCCUUUUGUUGAAAGGGCUUUGGCAGUUCACAAAAGCAAGUGCGAGAAAGCUAUUAUGAUCAACCUUGAGACAAGAAAGUCAAAGCUUCUCGCAAAAAUGCGUGAACUAGAAGAACAAAUGGUUCAGCAAGAAAAGCUUAUGGCUGAGAGCCUGACGAACUGUGCACCAUCAGUCUUGGAGAAGGGCUUGGCUGAAGGAUUAUGUUGAGUAUCUGAAUCAUGGUAUGUUUUUUGUUUUUAUCUUUUAUUUCUUCCUCUCCUUUGAGGGUGUGUAUUGACUGUAUUCGACUCAAUUUUGAUUUGUUUUGGUGUCAACAUGCCUUUGGCCUCUUUUUAAUUCUGAAUGGCUUUCACUAACUUUUACAUCUUCAUAUCAGUUGGAUUUUUAAAGCUCUGUUAUGUCUCAUUCUCGUGUUGGCAUGGAGGUUGCAAUCAAUAUAUUACACUAUUCGUAUGCUACUUGCUUGUAUGAACAUGGUUGUUGUUUCUGUUCUGAAUCUUCUGGCUGUCUUAGAUGUUUUUAAUAUGUUGAGCUUUUUUUUUUCUAUGACAACAGGUUUUUUGUUGAGUUGGUAUUGAGAGGAAAAUAAUUUAUAUAAAUAUAUUUAAAAACCACUAAAAUAUGAAGAAAAUAAGGACAUUUUAUGCAAAUUAUAAUUUGGAAUAGAGAGUUAUGUGACUACUACUAAUAAUAAAAUAAAAAA